UUGCCAAGACAAUGAGCCUCAAAAAAAAUCUGAAACACUACCCUUCACGCCUGCACUUUGCAGAGAAAUAAACCUUGAAGUUUUUUAACAGAAACAACGACCAAAAGGCAUCAGACAACAUGACCAUUGCUAUAGCAUCAUCCCAGCACAGCUUCUUUGCCAACUCUCUCGCCCCACUAAUUCAAAAGCCCAAAACAAAACUUGUAUCUACCUCUACCAUCUCAUGCAAGCACUCACAAGAUGACCAUAAUGAUUCUGGCAGGACAAAAAGAGAGAACAAAUUGGCCAAGCUAGCAAUAGUGACACUGGCAGCUGGAGUCCUCACACUGGGUUCAGUUGGUGAUGCAUCAGCUGCCAAGUCUGGUGGUAGAGUUGGUGGUCAAGCUUUCAGGUCAUCUGCUCCUAGGUCAUCCCCAAGAAUCAAUAAUAACUCAAGGACGAAUAUAUACGUCAAUCCACCUGUUGCCCCACCUUUAGUUGGUGGAUAUGGGUAUGGUUAUGGAGUGCCAUUCUAUGGUGGCUGGGGCUGGUCGCCUUUUUCUUUCUUUGCACCAGGUCCUGGUGUUGCCGUUGGUAUUGGAGGUGGAUUCGAUACCCUGGUUCUAUUCAUGUUUCUUGGCGCUGCUGCCGCGGUGAUCAGGAGAUUCUUUGGAUCAAGAGACGAAGAUGAGUAGAUCAAGAGACGAAGAUGAGUAGUAGUGGUCGGAAAAACUUUUCAACAAGUGAAUCAAACGAUAGAGAUGUAAAAUGUUUUCUAAGGCAGCACACCACAUUUUAAGCUGGCUGUUACUGUAACUGAAAUGUUACUGUGAGAUACCAUGUAGUGUAAGUAUGAUAAGAGAAACAGACUUUGAACACCACUUACUGCAAAGUAGUCCAUAUUAUUACUGAAA